AUGUUGCUGCGUGCGAGCGUGCCGAUCAUUCGGCAAGCAGUAGCUUCGGCGCGUGUCCCGUCUUUGAGUAUGAUGCGGCCUAUACAGGCACAGAUGAUCCAGCGGGCCAUGAUGCCGCAGCCUAUUGUCCCCCCUCUGGCUCGUGGCAUGAAAGUCCGUUCGUCUGUGAAGCGCAUGUGUAAUCACUGUGCCAUUGUGCGUCGUAAGGGGCGGCUAUAUGUGAUAUGCAGCAAGAAUGCAAAGCACAAACAGCGUCAAGGAUAA